CUCUUCCUAGGGCACAAAUGACUUUUUUCAUUUCUCAGAGCAUUCCUUGAGUUGAGAGCGAGCUGAAAUGGGUGUGAUUCAUCUUAAGAGUGAAUGGCUGUGGACAUCUCUGGUGCUCUCAGGUGUUCUUGCUGGCGACUGGGCGGUGCAUGUUCCCAAGCAUCCCAUCCAUGCCUCUCGAGGCUCCUCCGUGACACUACUCUGCACGUACGACUUCCCCGAGGAUUCUGUGCUAGGAGGUCCUCCUCACAAAGUUCUUUCUGAGAUGUGGUGCCGGAAUCAGAGCUUUUGCAUCACCCCCACGUACAUCUACCACAGUGCCGGCAUCUUCCCAGAGCCUGCGUACCAGGGCAGGGUGCGCUACCUGGGCACCACUGGUUCCAAGAACUGCACGCUCCAGAUAACUGACCUGAGAACCACAGACAGUGGCAUAUAUGUGUUCCGGUUUAUCACUGAUCACCCAGUAAGCAAGCUACCGGGCCAGAGGGGGCUGACCUUACAAGUGACAGAUGGGCCAGUCACUUCAGUGACUGUCAUUAGCACAGGUGAGAUUGCUGAAGGCAGCUCACUCACUCUCACAUGCACCAGCUACUCCACCUCACCUGUGAUGAACUACACAUGGUUCAAGACCAACGGCGCCAUAACGUCAUUAAGAGGCUCGGGCCAAAAUUUCAGCAUUGAGCGUUUGAGUUCCAAAGACAGUGGAUUAUACACCUGUAUGGCCCAAAACAGCUGGGGCUGCCAGAAUGCUACCAUUCAGAUCACCAUCCAGAAAGCAGGUAGCCCUGUCACCUUCAUUGGCAUUGUGUGUGGACUUGCCCUCGCAUUGACUGUAAUAACCAUUAUUGCUGCUUACAGAAGGCAUUUGGUCUCGAGGUCACAUCAGUCGGAGAUUAAUGCUCAUGGAUACCUUUGAUUAUGUACAUCAACUGGCAGAAAACUGAACACCAGGCAUAAGGACCCGAUGCCCAGAUCAUCAUGCCCUUGUAAUUGAAACCUGGGAUAGACCACUGUGAAUGAAAUUGGUGAAUGAAACUGGAAAUUAACUGGGAACUUGAUAAUUUUUUUUGACAUUUGCAUUUUAUAGAUUCUUUUCAUCUCCUGAUCAGUAGCCUUAAUUUUUCCACAUAAGGUUACUUUAAAUAAAAAUUUUAUUAUUAUAUCUGUAAGAUGUAAUAUUUUAACAAUUGAUUUAAUUUACUUUGAGUGCAGUUAACAAGUUGGACAUAGAAUACGUGUAACGCGUGGUGGCCCGAGUGCCGAAGGGCGAGGGGCAGGACGCACAGAUUCCAGCGACGUGGACGAACAUUUUUUAGCAUAUAAACACAACGGCGCUCACACCUAUUGCAAACAAGGAACAUGAAACGGUUAACAUUAAACAGUCUCGAUAAACAGCUACAUUAAUACAUGACGUCAACAAUGACCAACGAUCCUGCACACUAUGACGAGGGUUUAAAUACAUAGACAAGACGAGGUGUAGGUGU